CCCUGCAGCCCAGAGAAAGACAGGAACUGACCUGUCAUUAGUCGCUUCAAUCAAUCAAUCAAUCAAUCCUUCUUCGGAGCUCGUAAUCUCAUUAAUCAUUUGUAUCACUCUAUAUCCAAACACAAGACAAAUUCUAAUCUAUACCAUACCUCCAGACAUCCAUAUCAACCACCCCCUCCAUGUCAAUAUUAUCUUCCCAUGACAAGUUUGUUGAAUGGAUCCCCACCAACAAGUGGGUGGCAAGUCAAGUCGGAAGGAUGAAACUUUAUUGCCAGGAAAACCCCGUGCCGACCGCAAUGAUCGACCGGUGGAACGACCCCCGGCAAUCCAAGUCCAUCUCAACCCUCUCCCUCCCCAUGAUUUGCCAUCCACCAUCGUUCGUCCUUCCAGACUUUGCCUCCGCCGAGGUUCCAAAGCCUGUGGGUUCCGGAUUUACGGCUCUUCAAGGGGGGCGGGCGGCUGCUCUUCUCCGUGCAGAAUUCAUCCCAGGGGGUGGCCCCUCUUGCGUGCUUUGUUUUGUCCUGUUCUUCUUUUUUCUUUUCUUUUUUUGAUCGGAACCAAGCCUCCGAUUUGCCUCCUAACUCGAGGGGAUGAUGUGGGGCGCCUUUCGCGUGCCUGCCACGCCGGGGCCCGCCCCUGUCGCUGCCCCUCUGUCAACCAAACGGCCCGAGCUGUCGUGAAGGGGAGAAGCUCCCACGGUCGACAGACACAGCAGGCCUAGGACCAGUAAUCAAUUUUAUCUUUUCGAGGUUGAUAUGAGGCAUUGCGAGAGAUAGAGGGGGUUGGCGUUCAACAAAUAGCAGGGAGUACCCCUAUCGGUGUGAUGUCCCUCAAAUUCACACUCAGUUCUGAGACGUUUCACCGUUGGGGGUCGCCGGACUGGCU